AUGGCCAGGCAUAUUAGAAAAAAAACAUGCCUUGUGUGUUUUGAUGAAGGCCAUUGCAUAUCUGAAUGGGGCCUAAGCUUCAGACCAAUGUAUACAAAAGCAUGUAAGAUCAUGGCAAUCUUUAAUGAUGUGCAAACCCUCCUAAUGACCACCAUACCAACACAACAGGAUUACUCUUGGGUGAUGAAAGGUGUUCAAAAGAACGGAAUAAAGGCAAGAAAACACUUGUAUACACCCAGAGCAUCAAUAGUCGUAAUCUGGGUUGUUGAAAGGGGGCUUUCAUACUGGCAAGAGGUAGGGAUGUGUGCCAGAAACAUCAAAACAAGAAUAGCAGUCCUAUACACAUACAUGUACAGCAGAUCCCUGCAAAGAUGUGACAGUACUAUGAAAGAACUAGUUAAACAAGACCAAUGA